UUUCAAAAUGACAGUGCCAUUUUCCCUUUUCAGUUUCAUGCAAAAGAAAAAAAAAGAUUUGAGUUCUUUUCAGCUUUGCAUAGAUAUCCACGAGCCUAUCAACAUCAUACCAAUCCAUUUCUCUGAGUUAUACUCUCUCUCACUUCACAGGCUAUAUAGGAAUCACUGAAAACAGCCAAACCAAGCUCUUUCAGUCCCCUUCAAUGGCUACAGUCUGCAUAUACCCUUUUCUUCUCUCCAUUAGCUUCACGUUCUUCAUGUUUAGCUCAGCUUCAACUGAAGCUGAUGCCCUUCUUAAUUUUAAGGCUGUCAUUGAUGACCCAAUGAACUCUCUUUCCAGUUGGUCAAAUACUUCAGUUGUUCAUCACUGUAACUGGACUGGUAUUACUUGCCCUACUCCUUCAUUCUCUGUGUCUUCCAUUAACCUGCAAAGCUUGAAUCUCUCUGGCGAAAUUUCAUCUUCAAUAUGUGAGCUACGGUAUUUGUCUCAUCUUAACCUUGCUGAUAACCUUUUUAAUCAGCCUAUCCCACUACACCUCUCUCAGUGUAGUUCUUUGGAGACUUUGAAUCUUAGUAACAAUCUCAUUUGGGGUACCAUCCCAGAUCAGAUUUCUCAGUUUGAUGCCUUGAAAGUUCUUGAUUUGAGCAAAAAUCAUAUUGAAGGGAAGAUUCCUGAGACUAUUGGGUCAUUGAUGCAUCUUCAAGUGCUCAACUUGGGAAGCAACUUGCUUUCAGGUACUGUUCCUUUUGUUUUUGGCAAUUUUAGUGAGCUUGCUGUCCUUGAUUUGUCUCAAAAUGCUUACUUGGUGAGUGAGAUUCCUACUGAUAUUGGGAAGCUUGAGAAACUUGAGCAGAUCUUUUUGCAAAGGUCUGGUUUUGUCGGUGAAAUCCCUGAAUCUUUUGUGGGUUUACAAAAUUUGACCACUUUGGACCUUUCUCAGAACAAUCUGACUGGUAAGCUUCCACAAACACUGGGCUCUUCUCUAAAGAACUUGGUGUCUUUUGACAUCUCAGAGAACAAGCUCUUUGGGUCAUUUCCAAGUGGCAUAUGUGAUGGAAAAGGCCUUAAAUUUCUCAGUCUCCAUACAAAUUUCUUCAAUGGUUCAAUUCCUAACUCCAUUUCUGAUUGUUUGAAUCUUGAGAUUUUUCAAGUUCAAAACAAUGGGUUUUAUGGUGAUUUCCCUAAUGGAUUAUGGUCUUUACCCAAAGUUAUGCUCGUCAGAGCUGAAAACAAUAGGUUCUCUGGGGCAUUGCCAGAUUCAAUAUCAAUGGCUGCUCAGUUGGAGCAAGUUCAGAUAGAUAAUAACAGCUUUACUGGUAAAAUCCCUCAGGGUCUUGGCCUGGUAAAGAGCUUAUACAGAUUUUCUGCUUCUCUUAAUGGCUUCUCUGGUGAACUUCCUCCAAACUUUUGUGAUUCACCUGUUAUGAGUAUAAUAAAUCUUUCCCACAAUACCCUGUCCGGUCAGAUUCCAGAGUUGAAGAAAUGUAGGAAACUAGUUUCCUUGUCUUUAGCCGAUAACAGUCUUACUGGAGAAAUCCCAGCUUCCCUUGCUGAAUUACCUGUGCUAACUUACCUUGAUCUAUCUCACAACCGUCUCAGUGGUUCUAUUCCACAGGGACUCCAAAACUUGAAGCUAGCUCUCUUCAACGUAUCCUUCAACCAACUCUCUGGUAGGGUCCCAUUAUCUCUAAUAUCAGGUCUCCCAGCUUCAUAUUUGGAAGGAAAUCCUGGACUCUGCGGCCCUGGAUUGCCAAAUUCUUGUUCUGAUGAACAGCCAAAACAUCACUCUUCUGGUCUGACAACUUUGAUGUGUGCCCUGAUAUCUAUAGCAUUUGCUAUUGGAACUGUGAUUCUUGCUGCUGGUAUUUUUGUGUUUCAUCGAUAUUCAAAGAGGAAGUCUCAAAUGGGUGUUUGGCGGUCAGUAUUCUUCUACCCUCUUAGAGUCACCGAGCAUGAUUUGGUAAUGGGAAUGGAUGAGAAAAGUGCUCUAGGAAGUGGUGGUCCUUUUGGCAGGGUAUAUACAAUAGGUCUACCAAGUGGUGAACUAGUUGCCAUAAAGAAACUGACCAAUUUUGGGAGCCAAUCAUCCAAAGCUUUGAAGGCAGAAGUCAAGACAUUAGCCAAGAUCAGGCAUAAGAACAUUGUGAAAGUUCUGGGGUUUUUCCAUUCAGAUGAAUCAGUCUUUCUUAUUUAUGAAUUCUUGCAGAAGGGGAGUUUAGGGGAUAUGAUUUGCAGACCAGAUUUUCAGAUACAAUGGAGUGUUAGAUUGAAGAUUGCUAUUGGGAUUGCACAAGGAUUGGUAUACCUACAUAAGGAUUAUGUUCCACAUUUGCUUCACAGAAAUCUCAAGUCAAAAAACAUUCUUCUGGAUGCAGAUUAUGAACCAAAGCUUACAGACUUUGCACUUGAUAGGAUAGUUGGAGAAGCUCCAUUUCAGUCAACUAUUACUUCAGAAUUUGCACACUCCUGCUAUAAUGCACCAGAAUAUGGAUACAGUAAAAAAGCAACUGAACAGAUUGAUGUUUAUAGCUUCGGUGUCGUGCUGUUAGAGCUCAUAACUGGCCGACAAGCUGAGGAUAUUGAAUCCUUGGACUCUCUUGACAUCGUGAAGUGGGUUCGUAGAAAAGUUAAUAUCACCAAUGGGGCAUUGCAAGUUCUUGACCCUAAGAUAUCAAAUUCUUACCAAAAAGAAAUGCUAGGAGCUCUUGAAAUCGCCCUGCGUUGCACUGCUGUUAUGCCAGAAAAACGUCCUUCAAUGUUUGAAGUACUGAGAACACUUCAGUCCCUUAACACAAGGACUUGCCUUCCAAAUCUGGAGCUCUCUACUUCUGAGGAGCAAUCACUUCCUGUUUGAAUAUUAAAGUAAAGAUCAUCAAGUUUUCGUUCAUGUCUUGUAUGUAAUCAUCUCUUUUUGACUGGAAAAUGUUUGGGCAUGGUGUUCCCAUUUCUUUAUCAGAAUUUGUUUCAGAAGUUCAUUACUAGAAAUACGAGGUUUUUACAAGGUAUUACUAAUUGCAAGUUCUUAAAGCAUUGAAAGU